AUGGCAAGUGAAGAAGCUGCGGUGGUGGCAUCCAUCAUCUCCAACGACCCCUGCUUAUUCGCUCCUCCUCUCACCAACCACCUGCAGCAGCAGCCGCAGCUGCCUGAUCUCCCUCCUCCUGCCAAGAAGAAGCGAAACCUCCCGGGCACACCAGACCCUGCCGCGGAGGUGAUCGCGCUUUCGCCGCGGACGCUGCUGGCGACGAACCGGUUCGUGUGCGAGAUCUGCGGCAAGGGGUUCCAGCGCGACCAGAACCUGCAGCUGCACCGGCGCGGCCACAACCUCCCCUGGAAGCUCCGGCAGCGCAGCGCGGGGAAGGAGCCCCGGAAGCGCGUCUACGUGUGCCCGGAGAAGACGUGCGUCCACCACAACCCGUCCCGCGCGCUGGGCGACCUCACGGGCAUCAAGAAGCACUUCUGCCGCAAGCACGGCGAGAAGAAGUGGAAGUGCGACAAGUGCAACAAGCGCUACGCUGUGCAGUCCGACUGGAAGGCGCACGCCAAGACCUGCGGCACCAGGGAGUACCGAUGCGACUGUGGCACGCUUUUCUCCAGGAGGGACAGCUUCAUCACGCACCGCGCCUUCUGCGACGCCCUGGCCGAGGAGACGGCCUAUGCGCCGCUCGGUCCGCAUGUCGGCGACCUCUCGCUGCCGUCCAUGGUGGGCCACAUUGGCGCUAAUGGUAGUAUCAUGCUGCCCGGUGCGCCCCCGCAGCUGUACGCAGAUCUCUUCGCGCCCGCACCGCCGCAGCUCGGCUGGCUGUGCGGAAACAACGGCAAGCUCGCGUCGUCGAACGCCAGCGAGCUGACGAGCGCCGCUGCGUCGGGGAAGCAGGAGACUGACAGCGUACUGUCCAUGUUCAGCAGGCAGCAGCACGCCAAUCCCGCGGUGGCAGGCGCCGGCGACAUGAUGUCCGCGACGGCGCUGCUCCAGAAGGCCGCGCAGAUGGGUGCCGAUAGUGGUCGUCAACAGUCGUCGGACGACGGUGCUGGAGGUCUGCUGUCUAGCGCAUCAAGCCUCAGGGGUCCUGGUCCUGGAACAAAUACGCUAAUGAGCCUGCCGUACGACGUGCUCUCGGCCGUGCGCCAUGCGGGCCUCGUCAAGAAUGCCGCCGUCGACGUGGGGAGGGAGGAGACCAGGGAUUUCUUGGGCGUUGGCAUGCAAGCGCUGUGCUCGUCGUCGUUGAAUGGAUGGAUUUAG